AGCAACUACUCAACCAUAUUAGGGCAGGAGGUAAGGCAUUAUUACUCUCUGCUGCCAAAGUGUCAUUUAAGUAAACGCUGCUGGAGGCUAGAAUAGACACCAAGGUUGGCUCUGGCAAAUCAAAAUUGAAUCGCCAGCCGUGGAGUGUCAUUGAGAGGGGGUUUAUUGUGUAACGGUGAAGUGGCUGUGCACGUACACACGAAGGUAUCCAGUCAAAAUAAACCUGAUUAUUCUAGCUAAAUGGGAAAAUCACAACAAUAUCAGGCAAUAUGGAACACCAGCGGCGUCGGUUUAUUUUCCAAUGUGGAUGGUACAACUUCAAUAUAUAUAUAAGGUGAACUCGGGUACUCUAGCAUUUUUUGCAUGCAUUUUCUCAUCGGAGCUCUCUGAUGGACUAGUACCCUGACCCUCUCAUUUACAUUUAGCAGACGCGCUUACCCGGAGCGACUUACAGAUUUGGAUCUCUAUGACGCUUUCACCUUGCCGAAUUCGUAUUGGAACACAGAAAUAUUAUAAUUCUGUCUUUUCAGGGGUCAGGUGAAAGCCUCUCUCUCAACCCAGACUGCACAGCAAGUGUGCCCUAAGGCAGUCUUUGAGGAAGAGACAUGGAGAAAAAUAAUACAGACUCAUCUCAGCCCGAGGUGAACGAGGGAAGAGAGGGGAGUCUGUCUGGAAACAAGGGCACCUUCAUCAGGGUGUUGACCGUGAGGCCUCUAAGUUUGGAGGACAUGGACCUGGUCGAGCCCUCGGAUCUGCCCCCUCCUACAGUACCCACCACUGGGUCUAAAGACCAGCUGGAAGUCCUGGAGGUUGCGUCCACUUCCCAGGGCGUCAGUGGAGUGGAGAGAAUGCCCCCUGGCACAACCAGGACACCCAGUGGAACUCCCUCUCCGGAUCUGCAGGUGGAGGCCAAGGCCAGUCUGGGCUCUGUGGCAGCUGAGGUGAUCGAGGCGGUCAUCAGCAACGUCCUGGCAGCCAGGGCCGCCCUCCAAGAAGAAGCUCAAGGGCCUGUUACCUGUUCCUCUGUGAGCUACUUCCUCUCUGCUGUCUGUGCCGACGUGCAGACUCUACCGCUGCUGAGGAGGUCAGGGAGCAGCAGUCGAUCAUCUGGAAGGUCCCUCGGAGAGCUCCUGACCACCAUGUCAAGGACCAACGUUGUCCAGGCUGUGGAGCUGAAGCUGGAGGAGCAGUUUGGGCCAUGUAGGAAGGAGGGCUCGUCCACAUCUUCAUCCAGCCAAUCACUGACUGAGGAUUGGGUCAUGAUCCCUUAUCUGGGGAACGGUCGCUCUGGACAUUCCAUGGCCAGUGACCUGGUCGAGGAGAUCAUCGAAUCCAUUAAAAGUGCUGUUGAGUUGCUGGAAAGCCAGUCUUCAACAUCCAGAGCAGGGAACAGCUCCUCCCUCACAGGAUGGGACGCAUUGGAUGUUUCCUCUGCAGCCAAGAAGAUGGUUUGCAAGGCAGCGGCCAAACUAAGCCCCCUGGUGAGCUCCUCCAGGAUGGGAGAUGUGACGGCGGACGAGAGCGUCUCUUUGAUGAACGAGACGUCUCUGGAAAGUUUGCCCCCGUCUCUCAUCAGGCUUCUGUUGAUCCGGUCUGUCGACACGGUGUCAGCAGCCUGCAGAGCCAUAAGCAGUGAGUUCUGCUUUCGGGAGAGCGUGAAGAAUGAAGGCUUGACCAAACUCCAGGAGCUGGCCAACGAACAGAUGUUGGCCUGUCUAAACAAGGGCGUAGAGGAAGUGGAGAUCGAUGAGCUCAUCGAAGGCAUCUCAGCCAUCUCGGAUCAUUCGCUGAUCCUAAGGCGCCCGGAGUUGUCCUUCUCCCACAUCUACCGCUCCUUGUUCGUUGACACCCUUCUGCCAGGGUGUGGACACAGAACCACCGAGGUCCUGGAGACCUUGAUUUUUGUAUGUCCUCAGGUCCCACCCACAGCUGGAGAGAGCCAGGCUCAUAAUAACAUGCGAGUGGGAGAGAUCAUUAAAGAGUAUGUGAUCAAAGGAAGAGAUGUGUUCCAGCAGGUCUUGAGGAGAGCAACUCAGAAGCUCUCUCGCCAGCCGGCGACCACCCAUGCGGCCAAUCCAGAGAGCUCAGAGCGUCCAUCUCUGAUGGUCUCCUCUGACAACUGUGAGAACCUGCUUGGUGUGAUACUGGACGAUCUCCAUGAGGUAGUUGAGCAGCACAAGGCAUCAGCUAAGACGAGAUCUGGUGGCAGGAAGUUCUGGGAGCAGGUCCACUCCUCCAGCCAGCUGCUUUAUGACAGCACGCUGAGGACCCUGCAGAAAGCUGCAGACAAGCUGUCGGCUUUCGAAGAGCGGACAUUUAAGAUCAUCCCCCCGAUGCCCUCCAGACAGGAACCCAUCCACAGCUGUGCAGAGAGCUCGGUUCAGGGUCAGCUGCAGAAGAGCCUGGAAGUGAACCUUCCCUCGACCUCCAGCCAGGCCUGCCAGGAGACCCAGGACCGCACGGUCAGGAUCCUGACGGAGAGAGUGAUGGAUGACACUCUGUGUGAGUCUGCUGUUGCAGCUCUGUGUCCUGGGGCAGAUCUCGGUGAGCUCAGCCCUGCAGCGGUCAUCAUCGAUGCUGGGACAGCGUCGACCUCUGCACGAGAGACCAGAAAGCCUAAAAAGGGCUUGAAGUGGUUGAGCAAGAAAGCCAAGCUCUUCAAGAACAAGGUUCUGAAGAGAAAGACGGAGCCCAAGAAGCCCUCAGCCCAGGAGGAGCUUCCCCCCAGCUCUCACGUCACACCUGGGGCUAAGUGUGGUUCGCCUCUCAAUCUGGAGCAGUCGAAGGACCUCGAGACCAACCAGGAGCCCCUUAGACAUCCUUUACACGUACGGAUGUUCCGUGCGCUUCAGUCCAUCGUCAAGACGUUCAAGGUGUCUUGAAGCCAGUAGGACGGCCUACUGAUACGUUUAAGUAUCCAGCAACGUAAAGGGCUGGCUGGCUCUGUCUCUCUAUCACAUACACACACACCUCUCUCUCUCUCUCUCUCUCUCUCUCUGUCUCUCUCUGUCUCUCUCUGUCUCUCUCUCUCUCUCUCAUCCCGGCACCCACAGCACUCUACAUUAUGCCUCUCAUUCACCCACUCAUACACACCCACAGUGGGGAGCUGCCAUGCAAGGCUAGCCUGUUCAUGGGGAGCAGCUUGGGGUCCAGUGUCUGGCUCCAGGACACUUGGACACAGGGCCUGGAGGAUCUCCAGGGGGCUGAUGUGGGAUGUUUGUUCUGGUUUCCUGCCUCUCGGUUCUUCUACCCUUCAGGUCUCCUGGUCCCCCCGGACAACAGAAGGACCGUUGCCAAGGAGCCAGAAAUGUACUUUGAGCAGUACGGACGAGGACUAGGUCUUUCUCUCCUGGCUGGAACUCGCUGGGCUGAGUGGAUAUCAGGAGAAGAUCAUCGCAGAGACUCCCUACCAUCUGGAACACUCUACUGUAUUUGACCAUUGUCAAUAAACUAGUUAUA